AAGGCAAGAUGGCUACUGUUUUGCGGAAACACUGUCGACCACAACGCUGAACAAAUCGUAAAGCUCUCAACCAUGCCUGGCCUCGUGGCCUUCAACAGGCGCUGGGGUAUAGGCAGCGAUGAUCUUGUCUUCCCCGUCAUAAUAGAAAACUGCUUCAGAUUUGCAUGGUUGAUCGCAAUAUCUGUUGUCUUCCAUGUGAACAAAGAUGCUUUUGACUGCAGCAGUGGCCAUCUUCUCCGUAUUUACUUCAUUGGGGUAAUAACUAUUCUGGUAACCAGUGCCGUCAUGAAUAUAAUUAUAAUUCACACCAGCAUGAGGGGAACAAUCACAAAUGUAAAGCCUCGUCGUGGUAUUCCCAUCAUGCUGUACUUCAAGUUAGGGCUCCUAGUACCAGAGACUCUCUGGGUGGUACUGGGCACAUACUGGGCAUUUGGCAAAUCCUAUGAAUGUGACCCAGCAGUAGUGUGGACUGUGAAAGGGGCAGUGUUGUUUGCCUGGGUGGCAGGCUUCUUCAUGCUUGUUGGAAUCCUCCUGGUAUUUGAUCCUGUUGGAACACAGAAACAGAAGAACAGGAUUGCACGGAGGAUGACCCAUGGAUCAGAGAUGCGGCUGUCAGAUUCCGUAGAUGCUGCCAGCAAAGUGUGGGAAAUGAGAUGUCGCCUGUUGUGCUGUUGUGUAGCCUUUAAGCAGGACAACCGAAAUGCUUUCACUGAUGUCUCUAAACUUGUGGCAGAUUUCUUCCAGGAUGUGGACUUGGUUCCGACUGACAUAGCAGCUGGCCUUAUCCUGAUACAGCAUCAGCAAAUGCGUCGUGGGCGGGAACUGAUGUCUGUAAGGGUGGAGGGGUCAGCUGGGGAGUUCCAUCCGGACGGACCUCAGCCAAUCAAUGGUAUCAUGUCUGCUCCAAGUUGUCUGGUGCCUGAAAGUUGGAUGACUGUCAAGAUGAUGGCUCACUUCAUGAACUAUGCCCUGGGGAGCUAUGGCUGGCCCUUCUACAUGUACACCAAUCUUGCCACUGGUCUCUGCAAGCUGGCUACCAAAUGCAAGUGUUGUGCGUGUAUACGGUCCAGUGAGAAUGUUAAUUUUGACAAUGCCUGUGAGUGCCACACAGCUGCCAUAAAGAAGGUGACAGGAAUCAGUGACCAGGAUCUCAUCUUUGUCAGUUUCCAUAACAAGUUCAAGGAGAUCCCCUUCUAUGUGGCAAUAGACCGAGAACACAAGAGUGUAGUGAUCAGCAUAAGGGGCACUCUGUCGCUGGAGGAUGCUCUUGUGGACCUGUCAGCAGAGGGUAUGCCAAUAGACAUUGAAGGUGUUGACAAUGCAUAUGUCCACGGAGCCAUGCUGGACUGUGCUAACUAUAUCAAGGACAGGAUCGAUGCUCUACAGCUACUGUCCAAGGCCUUUGACACGCUGCCAGAGUGCAGCCGCCUGGUCAUUGUAGGGCACAGCCUGGGGGCAGGCGUGGCAGCCAUCUUGUCCAUCCUGCUGAAACCACAGCAUCAGGACCUUGUCUGCUUUGCUUACUCCCCACCAGGGGGACUCAUGAGCCCAUCAGCAAGUGCCCAUGUCCAGAGCUACGUGUGCUCAGUGGUAGUCGGCAAGGACCUGGUGCCGCGGCUAGGAAUGCCCACCAUGAAUGACCUGAAGAUGAAGAUCAUGCAAGCUCUGGAUGAUUGCAAGCUUCCCAAGCACCGGAUCCUGGCCAAGGGGUGUAUGCGGAUUGCUUGUGGCUGUCUCACCAGCCCCGAGGGUGAUGCAGACAUGGCUGCCAGGCAGGAACCUCUGCUGGACAAUGGAUCUGGGACUCGCUACUCCACAACUGCAGGAGAGGAUGCAACACCCAAGCAUCGGAAGAAACUAAAGCAAGCAUUACGUGAGGCAGUGAUGAACUGCAGCACAGAGACGGAAUGGUUGAUGACUCCCCCAGGGCAGAUCUUGCACAUCGAGGAGGUAGAGGAAGGGGGACUAUGUGGUGGAACCCCAGAAUACACUGCUUCAUGGGUUCCCCCUGACAGCUUCAAUGAAAUCCUGAUCAGCCCCAGCAUGGUAUUGGAUCACUUCCCAGAUGUAGUACUGGAUGCGUUACAACAGCUCAAUGACAGGAACUAUGUUCCUCAAGCUCAAACAGGACGCACCUCUGAUGUGACGACAUAAUCACUCUCACCACUGCAUGCCAUAAUGUUGCAGUUGCUCAAUGAGGAACUCCUGUACACUCACAUAGAGUUAUACAUGCACCUUUAUCGGGCAACAUAUGAAGCCUUAAAUAAUUGUAUUGGCUUUACUUUGUUACCAAAUAAUAUAUAUUUCUUAGGGGUUAUCAUUUAGUGCAUUGUAUCCUUUGCAACGAAAUUGUAUGAACUAAAAUACUUAAAUGAUGCAUGGGAGUGACACAAUUUUGUUGAUAUAUUGCUGGCAAAGUUUCACAUGGUAGUUUUAUACAUGAUAGUUGUAUUAGAUGCCUAUGCCCUAAGCCAUCAACAGAUCUAUGUUUCACUUCACGUAUAUCAGUUUUUAAAAAAUAAUUUAUAAAGUAACAUUAAUGACCCCCUAUUGAAUAUACAGGUUAUUCUUACCUUAUGGUAAAUUAAAAUUGGUAUUCUGAUUGCUGUUAGAUCAACCGUAGCCUUUCCAUCUAAAACAUGAAGAAAUUGCAAGCAAUGCCUGCAAAUUAAGUAUUCUAAUAUGCAUCGUAUCAUGACUCAGAUAUCAUAUAUACUAAUACUUACAGCAGUAUCAUGACACAUUGCUAAACUGUUGCAAUACUGAUUACACAAUGCCAUUUUUAGAAAGUGGUCAAAUGUAACAUAUGUUAUAUUUGGGAUUACACUUUCUUAGUAAAGUACAAAUUC